ACGAGCUCUGCUCUCUCUUUGCUGUGAUCCACAAGACAAGAGGAGCGAACCCCUCCCCCUGCUGGAUGUUUGCAACGCCCCGCCGUGACGUCGGACGUUUCGUUGGUGUUGAAAAGCCGUCGCGCUUCUUCUUAGUGCCAUUGAAGUGAGUCAUCUCUAGGAAGUGGGGUGAAAAGGGAAAGAAAAAAAAAAAGUUCGAGGUGUUCCGUGAGCGACAGAGAGAGCUCAGAGCAGAGUAAGUAGGCAAGGCGGCGGAAAAUAUUCAGAAGAUUAAAAACCUGCCUGAGUCACACUGACUGUUGACUUCAGGCUGAAGUUUGCGCACCUGAGAGGAUCUCUGAUAGCCUAGUCUACCUGAAAGCACAAUAGAAAAUACUUUCCUCACAGGGCUACCUGACACAACCUGCAAAUAUCUUUUUAAGAUGUUUUAGAUCAGGUGUCAUAACUGCACUUUGAUAACUCGCUCUUGGAUACCUGAACAUCUCCAAUCAAAGGAUUUUUUUUUCUCUUCUUGCUGGUGCCUUUUUUUUUAACAGCGGGGGAAUUGUGUGUGUGUGAGAGAGAGAGGAGGAGAAAUAAGAAGAAGGAAAAAAAAAAAAGGCUGCAGAGCUUUAACAGUCCCCUGAAAUCUUCCUCUGUCCCGGAUCAUGUACCAGGACUACUCCGGGAACUACGACACCUCGUCCCGCGGCAGCAGCACCUCUCCGGCCCAGCCAGAGUCCUUCACAAGCGGCAGCAGCACGAUCGGGAGUCCGAUCUCUACCUCAAACUACCAGAAGUACAGGGUUGACAUGCCUGGCUCCAACAGUGCCUUCAUCCCUACAAUCAAUGCAAUCACAACCAGCCAAGACCUGCAGUGGAUGGUGCAGCCGACCGUCAUCACCUCCAUGUCCAACCCGUACUCCCGCUCCCACCCGUAUGGACAUCACCUGACCAACGGGCCGAGCCUGCUGCCGCACAACACACUGGCCCGGCCCGGGGUCAUCCGCUCCACCGGCGACCUCAGACGGCGCAAGAGGGAGGAACAGCUGACCCCGGAGGAAGAGGAGAAGCGGAGGGUGAGACGGGAGAGGAACAAGCUGGCCGCAGCCAAAUGUAGAAACCGCAGGCGGGAGCUGACGGAGAUGCUGCAGGGGGAGACCGAGAAGCUGGAGGAGGAGAAGGCCGACCUGCAGAAGGAGAUCGAGAGCCUGCAGAAGGAGAAAGACAAGCUAGAGUUCAUGCUGGUCGCCCACAACCCCGUGUGCAAGCUGCCCGUCGACGAGCGCCAUCAGCAGUCCGGCCACCACCAGCACCAGCAGCAGCAGCAGCAGUGCAACCCGCUGCAGCUCACCAUGCGCCCCAGCCUGAACCCUCGUGCACAGAUGAACCAGGUGGUGGUGAAGCAGGAGCCCGAGGACAUAGAGGACGUGGUGGGCAAGCCCCAGCGCUCCGUCAUCAAGCCCAUCUGCCUGGGAGGCGGCGGCAUCAGUGGCGGGAUGUACUGCCCGGACGGAGACAGCCUCAAUACGCCGGUGGUGGUGGCGUCCACCCCGGCAGCCACGCCAAACGCCCAAAACCUCAUAUUCACCUAUCCCAACAUGAUGGAGCCCGAGAGCCCCUCGCCCUCUUCCGAGUCCUGCUCCAAAGCCCACCGGCGCAGCAGCAGCAGCGGCGACCAAUCCUCCGACUCCCUCAACUCACCCACGCUCCUGGCACUCUGAGUCAGCCGGGGCGGGGCGCCGAGGCCCAGCUGGGAAACAAACACUGUGGUUGAAAACAACGAGGACAGACUGCCCCUCCAUCCCGAGACCCUCUGGCUCUCGCUAAAGCACAUUGAAAAAGUCCAGACCAAGCUGACCGUGUGAGCCGGCUCCCCCUCCUGAUGGGAGGCAAGGGAGGUUGGGGAGGGGGAGACCCGCAAGGGCUACGCCGCGUUUCUUCUUCUUCUUCUUCUCCUUCUUCUUCAGCGUGAACGUUUUUGUAUCCCUCAACGUGUGUGCAAUCAUCCGCCAUCCCUUCAGCAUUUCAACUGCAGAGUGUUGAUUUGUUUACUGACAUUUACGAUGAAAAAAAGAAAAAACACAACCAUCCAGAGAGCGACUUGUUAAUAUAUUUUUCUGAAAACACCUAAAAAGCCAUGCGGUCGACGCUUGCACUCUGCCGAUCAAUCUGUAACAAAUCACCAAGCGAGGUCAGCAUUCUGCUGGGAUUUCUGCAGAGAGGCUAAGACUCUCAUUUUAUUUUUAUUUUUUUUUAUUUUUUCCUCUCAGACUCUUAUGACUCAAUUCAGGACAGAGUGCACACUUUGUCAUGUUAUUUCCAUCUCUCUCUGUGUAUUUAUGACCUGUGCUGGUGGAAUUUUCUUGUCCUCUCCUUUAAAUCUGCAAGGUGACCUGAGGGUGACCUCCUCAGCAUUACAGAGAAUUUGAGCCAUCCAGCUCCUCAAUACUUUCUCUUUUUUUGCCAUAGUGGCUUGAAUUUGCAGUAGUAUUGUGUGCUUUUUUUUUUUAUUAUUUCUUCCUUGGUGAUUCUGUACCUGAACCCUGUUUUUUUUUGUUUGUUUGUUUGUUUUGUUUAGUUUUUUUUGGACAGUGUAUGUGAUUUACAUUGAUGUCAGGGAUUAUCUCUCAUGUGUUUUAGUAGAACCCCCGUCGUUCGUGACGAGUGACUGUGGCAGAGGUGGUACUUUCAACAAAAAAAAAAAAAACAAAACAAAAAAAAAAGGUUUCAUUUAAUUGUUGUGAGUCGUUUUUUGCUCCGACAUUAAAAACAAAAAAAACAAACAAAAAAAAAAA